CUUCAGCGCUGGAAACCGUGCAGGCAGCACGAGUCCGUACUCAGUGACGCCAGUCCCAUUGUAUUACUGAUUAUGCAAGCAUGUGGAAAUCGAGUCGUGACUGAGGAAGUGCCCACCUCCUUUGCAACAGCUAUCCCCUUGCUUUUCCGCAAUGAAGAACAGCCUGCCGAAUGAACAGAUGUAUUAUCCACCUGCGUUCGGGGAGCAGACCGCCUAGUCGCACUGGCCCGGGAGCAUUUUCGAACAUUCGUUUGGGUCAGUCGAAGGCCCGCUACACUAUCUCCUCUCCACUCCCACGUAUAAGUAAUAAGCCCGAACUCCGCAUAACCGUGAAUCGAGUGAUGCGCGGCGCAUUUUCGGCAGCUACGCGCGUGGACCCUGGCCCUGGACCGGUAGAUUGAAAAUCCAAGGCCCAGGUUUGCCAGUUCUGAGAGAGCGGGAGGCCAAAAUUCUGUUCGCUCGUCGUAGCCAUGGAUAUUUAUCUCGGUCAUAAGUUUUCGAGAUGAUAGAGACGAGACCCGGAGCCUCAGAGAGCGUGAAUGCAGCAUGAAUGAUCGAUCGCGUCAUACGCCCGUAGUCUGUCAAGGCAGCACAGCCUCACCACCUCUUUUGCCGACACCGUGCUUCGAGUCGGGACCCUACAUCCCACUUGUUCAUGACCGCUCGGAUCCUCGCCUAGAUCCCAUUCAGGUUUCAUUCGCGACUCUCUCACUUUUUCCGUCGUCCACAGCUGCCGUGGACCCGCUUGGCAGCUUCAUUGGGGCUGUCGUGCCAUCUUGUUGGUACCUUUACUCGUACUCCCUCCGAUACCUCGUUGUACGAUACCCGUAAUCCCACACGAUGCCGCUUCUCGGUGGCCUUUUCGGACGGAAUGGUGGCAGCAGCAAGUCCAAAAACGCCCCAGACGUAGCACAGCCAACAACUCAUCCUCCGUCCACAUCGCAAACUCCGUCAAGCUCUGGGUCCUCGCCGACCUCGCCGACGUUAGAAUACGUCUCCUUCGCUUCCGACCGCCUGCCGUCCUCGCCCAAUGGACGCAGCCUGGCGUAUGCUGGCGAAGUACCAAAAGAGAAGCGGGGCAUCUUUGGCAGGAAACGGAGCGGGAAUCUAGCUGCAGCAUCCGGGGAUUUGGAAGCGCCACGCCCCAAUUACCUUUCACACAUCAGCACAUCCUCCGACCUGUCACCGCAGGCUUCGUCUUCGUCUGUCCAAUCCCUUCGUCCGCCUCAGGGCGUCUUCAACCAGUCAACCCGCAGCCUUCCCCAUGAAACUGCGCGGCGUUACCCGUCGUUGUCACCGCUGGCGCCUACGAUCAGUCCUACCAAGUCAGUAGCGUCCGGGCUGACUACACGCUCUACUGCCACCUCGAAGACGUCUAAGAGUGCUGGUGCCAAGUCCGGAAAGAAGUUUUCGUUUUGGGGCAGCCGAAAAUCUUCACCUGAACUUCCUCCUUCACCCUCGCCACCAGACUUCAAUCUUCAGUCUUUCCGCAAUGCUCGAGACCCAUCACCAGCGAGACCGACUGCUAGUGCUAUCCAGCCUCUCACCGCUGGCAAUCUCAGCUCCUUGGGCAGAGAAUACGAAAACAGCGACUUGCCGCUCGUUCGGCCCAGACCGCCGAGAGAGCAUCGAGGCAGCGAUGCCUCCUCCUCGAGGAUCAGUGUCUCGGCGUUUCGAGAGAUGCAGGCCAAGAGAAGCGCAGCCGGUUCACCGGCACUCCCGGACAGUGCAGGAGGUCGAACGCCAAGCCCGGGGCCGGGAACUGUACGCCUAUAUGCCCUCGGUAAUGCGAGCGGCAGUCGGUCACAUCAGCCAUUGCCGCAGCAUCAGCUCCAACCCCGGGCCACUCCACCAACGGCAGCGCUAAUUCAACCUGCUCCACAGAGGUUGCUAGGACAUCAGCGCAGACCAGGGCAAUGGGAAUCUGAUGACGAUGAAGUCGAAGAGGAGGAGGAAGAGAGUGACGAGGGCGAUGGAAUGAAGACGGGAAAUGGGUCUCAUCUUGCGAGAAGGCAGAGGACUAUCACCAAGAAUACCGCGCGAUCGGACUUGGGGCAUGGUGGAGGUCUGCGGGCUGCAUCCAGUUUGGGAGUCAAUGGCUCAACGGCGUCUCCACCUUCCGUUGAUAUGCACGCCAAAAGACUGUCAAUCGAAAUCCCUGCAAGACAAGUCCGAGCACCUGCUUCCUCUACCCGUCCAUCUCCAUCGCCAGCACAGAAAGCACGACCCCUGCCCCAAUCCGGAUCCUCUUCCUCUUCGGACUCGGACGAUGCUCCACUCGCGACUUUGGUCUUGCCUCGACGAGCAGGCAGUUCAUUGUCCAUUGGGUCCAAUGGGUCUACGUCACACUUGCCUGCGUCGCCGUCGCCAAACACACGUGGCCCCUCACCUCUUUCGACGGCUGCUGUUCCCAGACCCCAGCACCAGUCUACUCUUUCAGUAGCCUCGGGUAGUGGAAGUAGCACGACAAGCCGAGCGCCAGUGGGCAAAGCGAAACCUCUCAUCGAUAUCAACGAGCUAACUGCGGCGCGCCCAGUCCUCGCUUCACAAGCGAAGACCAAUGAUGGAUUCACGGGGGGUGGAAUGCUGGCCGGGAAGGAGAAACCAUCGGCGUCUCCUAGUCCGGUUCUGACGACCCGUUCCCCGCCAGUGACGAAUGAGACGGGAUUGAUGCGGUUUCCUUCUCCACCCGGUUCGCCUGUUAGAGAGAAGUCUCCGACGUUGGGGGUCAGGGAGACGACCAUUUCUCGUCCCGUUGUUCGACGCGAUAUGUUGAGCGAGCGUUUGAAAGCGGCAGCAGUGACAACUUCUGAUUCAGAGUCGUCGCGUCCGUCCGUUCCGAAUCCCCCCACCUCGUUUUCGCCCGCUCGUAGAGCAAUGCAUCGACGGUCAUCUAGCGAUAUCAUCCUCCGGAAUGUCGUGCCCGAUGCGGAUCUAAAUCGGGAUCUUGCUGCGUUGUUGGGCGGUGGUGUUGCGCUUGUUUCAAGGAUGGGAGAAGAGGAUGAUCCCGAGCCACAGCCCGGGCCAGUGCCAGAACCGUUGGAAGGCGGGGAGAUUCGCCCGAUUCCAAUCAAGCAGCGUUCGCCGGCCCCUGGAUUCAGCGUCACGUCGCGGCCCCAGCCACUGGGUGGGAUUUUGCCCAGGGCGAGUAGUGCAUAUGGUGAUUUGGGUGGUGUCAGACCAAGAAGCACCUCGCUGGCGGCAACUAGUGCUACUUUGGCGCAGAAUGCUGUCGACAGCGUGACAGAUUCCAGUUCGGCCAAUUCCCGAUCUCGACAGCGCAGUAGCACGAUGUUGCCCCUGGCCGGGACGAGUCCCAGUAGACCUACGCCGGCGACAGAGGUCUCCAGAACGACUCUGAACCUAGCUAAUCCAGCGACUGAAAGCUCCGCCGAUUCGAGCUCUUCGAAAUCUGGGUCCCGCAAACGUAGUAGCACCAUGCUUCCGUCGACUGGGUCAACCCCGAAAUCUAUCUCUGAGAGCUCUCUUCCAGCUAGCUCCCGGUCUCGCCAGGGGGAAAUGAUGCCCGAUUCAGCCCGCCAACGGAGUGCCAGCAGCAUGAUACCAUCGGCGGUGUCGUCCGCCUCUCUGAGCUCCAAGAUGCCGUCCCCGACGUCGAUUGGACCCCCCACGAGACCGUUCGUGCUUCCUCGAACGAGUCCAGCGAGUUCGACUGGAGGAUCGAGUAGCUCGCCGGUGCCGCCGACGCCCAGAGACGGUAGUGAAGUCGGGAGUAGCGAGAAGAAGCCGAAAGAAUGGAGCGGAGGAGCGAGCGGGCUCUUGACGAAGCGUGGAUUGGCCAACCAGAAGCGAAGGAGUGUCAGUUUCGACUUCAACGAGGAGUUGACCAACAAGAAGGGCAAGGCAGUCGACGACGAUGAAAAGAGGAGAGAGAGACGACGGAGUGAAGCGCGUGCUGCAAUCGAGCUCGGGAAUGUGAUCAAUGGCCGGGGACCCGUUCUCCACGAUGAAGAUGAGGAGGAAGACCGACCAGUCAUGCGUCCGGGUCAGCCACAGCCCAUGAUGGUCAACCCCAUGAUGAUGCCGAUGGGCUUUGGAACACCAAGCCCUGGGUGGCCCGGAAUGCCGAGCCCCUCGCAGUUCAUGAUGCCCCCACCGGCGGAUCCAUCGUUCAUGGCAGCCCACCAACAGGCGAUGAUGUACGCGAAGCAGGCUUACCAGAUGGCAGUCGCCCAGCAGGCAAUGGCCGUCGCCGCCGAAGAAUGGGAGCGAGGAUCGAGUGUAGGAGGCUUCAAUGGCGGUGGAAGCAUCUAUGGCGGUGGUGGAGGGCCCGCGAUGAUGAAUCCGUGGAUGGGAAUGUUCCCGUCUGCACCGCGGUCAAUGUAUGGCGGCGGCGGAGGUGCAAGAAGUGAUUACGGGGGACCCACUAGCGGUGGCGGUUCUGGCUGGAACUCGUCCCGUAGUGUGUAUGGGGAAACGUUUGGUCCUUCGACAGAGCGAUACGCAAGGCCUGGCAACUCUCCUUCCCAAGCCAAGCCGGGUCGCGACUCGAGUUACUUCGGUGGACUGGUGCCGCCAUCUUCAGCCAGCCGCCAGCCUCCGCGACAAAGGACUGCCAGUCAGCCAGCCACACCCUCAAAACCUUCCGGAUCCGUUCCUCGGCGGGGAGGACAACCGCCUUCCAGCUGGAAACCUGGCAUGUGAAAACUUUCCGUUCCAAUCAUUUAUAGUAUCUGGAUUUUAUCCCAUAUCUUCUCUCACUCAAUGCAUUUUCAUAAUCGUGUACUCUCAUGUCCAAGUAUCUGUCAACUGCACCUGUUUUCACGUUUGGCACGGACAGUACCAACUACCAAUUGUUAUCUUGUCAUUGGCGAAACAUUCACAGACUCUUGUCACGCGGAAGACUUCGCUUCGCUUCGGCAGUUUCUUCUGGACUGAAAACAGUUCCCACCAUAAUUUACAGCUUGAUUGAACGGAUUCCAGCAGCUUACAGAUUAUAGUGUAAU